AUUCUUCUCUAUUUACUUACAAUAUAAAUGAAUUUCUUAAAGCAUCAACACGAUCAUUCUUCAUCAUCUCAUUGGGAUAUUAUGAAUCAAGAAUUACAAGAACCUGUCCCAUUUGAAGAUUUCGAAUUUAGUUUUGGCUUGGAUCCUGAUUUUUCUAUACCUGUUCCUCUUGAUAUGCCACCCCCUCUUACUACUUCAAUAACAAAUUCAUCAUCAUCAUCAUCAACAACUUCAUCAUCAACAUCAUCAUCAUCCUUAUCAGGUGAUCCAAUGCUAUCUGAAGAAAUUUUUUCUUUUGAUUCGUUUUUACCACAAAAUGUCCAGUCUGUUCUAGAUGAACAAGAUCAAAAGACUUUUUCGAGUUUCUUGGAUACUUUUAUUAUGGAUCAACUACCCAUUCAGCCUCCGACCGAUUUUGAUACCACUACCACCAUUCAUCCUUAUAUGAUGCCUUCAUCAUCACCAUCAUCAUCAAAUCAUACCAAUCCAUCACAAUCAAUAAAAGAAAAUGAAAUUGAUAUUGAAGAAGAGCGACGGAAUUCCAUUUUACAAUCAUUAGAUCAUCAAAAACAAAAGUUACACGAACGUUUGAAUUUCUUGGCCUCUACAGCAUCUUCUACUCCUAUUAACUCCAUCAACACUACUACUACUACAACUACUACUACAACUACUGCUACUACUAGCAAUACUAUCAGCAAUAGAGAUCAUUCUGCUGGUAAAAAAAGAAAAUCAUCUGUCUUAUCUACGAUACCAUCUUAUAAAAAACCAAAACAAACACAUAAAGAACUAUUGACGGAAGAAGAAAAAAGAGCAAAUCAUAUCGCCUCAGAACAAAAACGACGUAGUACCAUCCGCUCUGGGUUUAAAGAAUUGACAGAUAUCAUUCCUACCUUGAAAAAUAUUCAUCAUUCCAAAAGUACCGUGUUAUUCAAAGCCGUGGACUUCAUCAAGUAUCUGGAUCGUAGAAAUAAAAGCAAAAGAGAAAAAAUCAAGGCAUUGGAACUUCGUCUUGCCAUGAAGAGAUCCAAACCAGACUCCACCACUACGACUAAAUCUAUGAUUACUUCUCCUCGAUCUACCGAUAGUGAUACUUCCAUGACAUUAUUACCUCCUUUAUUAAAACAACCUCAUGAUGUAUCCUCAUCACAGUCAACCGUAUCAUCAGCAUCUUCAGCAUCGUCAUCGUCAUCACAAAUACCUUGUCCUGAUUUCCCUCCUAGUGUAUCAGCUGCUCUAUUGGCCCAUAAAUCUCAACAACAACAGUUAUUACAAUUACAAGAACAAUUACAACUACAUCAACGUCUUUUGGCCCGACAACAAGAAAUGAAAGAAAAAGCUAUUCAAGCCGCUACUGGCACGUUAUUACCUCCAUUACGUACUCCAUCAUCCAAAAAUAAACAAGGGUUCCGUGCCGUUGUACGCCAUGACCCUGAAGAUGACCCAUUCUAUCAACCCACAUUAUCUACAUAAAAUACAU